AUGGAAGCAAUUGAUCACUGGGAGCAUGGGAUGACCAUGAAAGUCAAACAAGCUGCUGAUGAAACAGGACAAAAGGUUGUUCAAUUUCAAGAAAUUGCAGAUGUGCAGCAAACUAAAUUGCCAUUAAAAGAUGCAUUCGAUUUUAGUCAGUUAACUACAGCAAAACCAAGAUUAGUUGUUGAUAUCCCUAAUGGUGAAUGGAGUGUGUCUGGUGCCUCAUUCAAUUCCUUUCUUCAUUAUCGACAUGAUGUAGCAACUCAAAAGCUUUGGUCAAUGAAGACAAAUAAUAAUCAAACUGUAAUAAAAUGGAACAAUAAUGAAAUAACUUAUAUGUGUUGGUCAAUACAUCCAAAUCAAUUCAUACUACUUGCGCUCACCAGAAUCUAUACCUGUGAUGAACGAACAAAUCAAAUUCAGCAAACAUCGUUAGAAUCAAAUGAUGUGAUCUUUGGUGAUCCGGGAAAUAUUCCUGACCAUGAACUAGAAAAAAAACUUAAAAAACAGGUACUGAUAAGACUGGUCACUGGUGAAAAUUCGUUGUCUCGAACAACAAAUGGACUAUUUCGAAGAGGGGCUAAACGUAUAGAUAAUAUUUUCCCUAGUCCAAGACUUCAAGAAGAUGAUGUUCCUAAACAACUCUUUGAUGAACUAGGCUUUCAAUGGAUGUAUGAUGAAGAGGGAUCUGAUGAUAAGAAGGAUAGUACGGACGAGCUGCAAGACUCGAUCGGUCCAAUUAGAAGGAGAAAGAAGGUUAAAGCGGUUACACCUUACUCAGCUCCACGUCGGUCGUCUCGGUUACGUGAUAAGCAGUUAAGAAUAUCCCAGACAACUGAAACUAAUGACACACAACUGUUUGUUCCACAAUUAAAUUCAACGACUACCAAUGGAAAUUCUACAAGUAGUGAAGAUGAUAAGAGGGCUAAAUCGUCUUUAGCAAAGCAUAAAAGUGAAACAGAACACAAAAUCGAUUGGAAAACUUUGAAGUUAUUUAUCAUGAUAAUCAUUCGUACCAUUUACUCAUAA